CUUUUGAACGAGAUGAGGAGCAAUUGCCAAGAACAUAUACUCUAGAUGACCAAAGGUAAAGAUGGAAGCUGAAAGCAAGGAAGGUAAUAAACAUAGUAGCCUUUUAUUGAAGCUUGAAAACGUUAAAGAUAGACUCGUUUAUGCAGGCUUGCUAGGAGAAUCAUUUUUGCAAGAGAAAGCAGCCGUAGAAAGUGAAAUUAAACAAGCUCAAAAUGCUAUGAAAGAGAAUUGUACAAAUCACGAUCAUGAAAAAGUGAAUGAAAUACGAACUCAAUUACAAGACCUUGAGAAUAGCUUAAUAGAUGAAGAGUCAAAGCUAGUGCAAUUACUCAACUCGAAGUCUUAUAGUAUAUCCUCUUCAAAGUCAAACAACGAUAAAUUGAUUCAAAACGCGUUUCCCUACGAUCAACCUACACGUGCUGAAACAUAUACACAAUAUGCCACCACUGUCGGGCAAAAUCUCCUCCAGCAGCUAAAAACCCUUCACUUUCGUUUUAAGGAAAAAGAUGCCGACUCGCAGAAGAUUUUGAAAGAGAAGGAAGAUUUAAAGUCUCAAUUGGAUUCUUUAAAUGAUGAGUUUAAGGCCUAUGCAAUAGAAAAGUCAAGUAUGAGGGCAGAAUAUCAAGUUUUAGAACAGAGGUCGCAAAUCUUAAGCGAGAAACUCGCUAAUUCGGAUUCUCUUAUGAAGAUGUAUAUGGACGAAAAAGAAAAGCUUGCUGCAGAACUUUCUAGUCUCCGCUUAUCUUUCGGUCAAUUACAGUGCUUGUUAAGCAAGACUGAAGAUAUACAAAAAUACCAUGAAGCAGAAACAAUCAAGAAAGAUGCUCCAGAAGUUUUUCUCGAAAGUAAUCCGAACUUCCAAAACACUCACAACGAUACAAAGAGCUGUCCGUCGCCAACAAGUGCUUCUUAUUACUCCUCUACCUCUUCUUCACUGAUUUCAUCUGAGAGUUCUGUUGUAUCGGAUGGAGUUGCAAAAUCUAACGAUAUCCAAGAAGAUACAGCAACCCAGAAACGAAUUGAUAACGAAGGCAAUAAGGCACUCAGUAAGGUAAUGGAUCAAUUCAAAUUGCCUGAAAAGGGAUCUUUACUUAAUCUGGGUCUUAGAAACCUCGAAGAAUUAUCGGUAAAAUUAAGAAACUCAAGUGCCCAGGGAGACGAAUGUGUUCAUUUUCUGUUGACAACACGCCAAUUACAACAAGCUGUUGAAAAUAAUUGGAGUAUUAAGCAGAUCCCAGGUCUGUCAAUCUCCCAUAAUCUACGUUUUAAUAUUGAUGAGACAGGUAAUGUUGAAAUUUCCAAACAGAAUGAACAGGCUAAGAAGGUUGGCGUACCCCCUCAGCAAUCCAAAGCUUUAUUUGAGCGUACAGUGAAGAGACCUUCCACGGACGUUAAUACAAUGAACGAAUUAAAUCAUAAACCUUCCGUCAAACCUUUAGUCCCUUUACUAAUAAUUAGUGAAAAUGAUCAGAAAAAUAGGAUAACGGCUGAGACCCACACUGAUGUCCGACUUAAUUACCCCGAGACUCCCAUGAGUCCUAAAAUGGAACAUCUUUUGACUAACAUUGAAAAAUCUCAAACUCGAGAGGAAGUGGAUAACGAAACUAUUGAAACAAUUAAAAGUCCUGUAUCGUUUCGUUUCGGAGAUUUUGAUAUGGAGUCGAAUAGGGGCAGUAGAGUCAAUGAGGUUUCUGCUGAAGCUCAGAAACCUACAAUCGGAUUCAACCGUUCGGCUGAGGACAACGGAGUAGAGUUAGCUAGCACAAAAAGUACUGCUUCCUUACUGCUACACGACACUGAAACGUAUAAAAAUGACUAUGCUUUAAAGAGAAGAUCUUCUAGCUUUUCAAAUCGUUAUCCGAUCACUCGCCGAAAUUUAACGUUAUACGAAUCCCAUGUACCCAAACCUGAACCUCAGAACUUUCGUCUAAAUGCUUCUGUCCCUCGAAGAUCUUUGACUGAGAUUAAAGGCAAAAGCAUUCAAGGCUCAAUUAAGUCCGGAAGAACGGCCUAUCUUAAAACAAAGCCUUAUAAAGAAUAUGACUGGGAACAAUGGAACAAGGUGGUGUCUAAUACUAAUGCUCAACGCCUUCCUCGGUCUAGAAGUCUUAUUUUACCUCGUCGAAGAUUUAGUUUUACUCAGUCUAUACCUGAAGUCACAAGGAAUUAUGAAGAGAUCCCGUAUUCUCCGAUAAGUUUUGAAGAUACUAAUCAAACUAGACGAAAGAAUUCUGGUAUGCCUUCGUGGUUUCUGAAAUCUUCCCCAGCUCCUUCAAUGUUUUCUCUUUCAGAAAAAGGGGAAACUCCUUCUGUUUUACCUGCCAAAUAUGAAGCUUUUCAAAAAGUGGAAAGCUAUCAAACGAAGAAUAAACAAGCUACAGCAAAAAAUGGAUCUCAAAUUCCAGGAAAGAUGGGUACGGUAUCCGUAGUUCCUUUGCAUAAAGGAGCUAAAGAGCAAAAGAAGUCUCUAGGCUUCUUACAAGGUAUGAGUGAAGAAUUGGCACAUGUCAUGAUUGGGGAUUACAUUUUCAAAUAUAAACGCAACAAGGUUGCAAGAUUCUUCACGAAGCCAAUGCAUCUACGAUAUGCAUGGAUUCAUCCCUACCAGGAAAGAUUGUACUGGUCUAAAAGCCACCCUUUCAUUGGAAUAAAUAGAAGAACUGAGGUGAAAUCAGUUAAAAUUAUUGGAUUUGAUAUUGUCACUGAGAGCUAUUUAGAGAACCCCGACGUUGUAUAUAAUCAGAGUAUUAUUGUACUAACGGAUGAGAAACCCAUGAAAAUAGCUGCUCGGUCCGGAUCGAUCCAUGAAGUCUGGCUUAAAGCAUUUAAAGACCUGAAAUUUCGUAAAAUUGCUGCAAAGCCAGAAUUCCUUCGUGAGCAACCUGAUUUCUCUCAUUCUGAUAAGCCCAGUAACCCCAGCAAGUAGACGUCCAAUGAGACUAGCACUAAAUGUGGAUAAAACGGCUAUAAUUUUUUAAACUAUGAAUCCUUUGCUAAAUACAAGUAACUGAAAUUAAUUUGCUGGUGCAAAAGCAAACGAAACGGCAAAUAUAUGUUGACUGUGUUAUUGAUGAUUUUGAAUACUUGAUGAUGAAGAUUAAUGAACUGGCUAUUUAAACAUUGUUGCUAUGUUUUAACUAAUGUAUGAGAUGAUUUCAAUAUAUACUUAUUCAAUCCAUUGAAAAGCUGAACCUUUGGUUGCUGAUUUUUGAUAGAAAGAAACAGGCAGUCGUUGUUGGAGUUUUUGACCGAGUUUUUUUGACUUGAAUCUUAUAAGUUUAGCACUCAUUGUCUACUUGUACAGUUUGCACUUCAAGUGCAUCAGAUCAUGAGCAAUAACUUUUCAGAUGACAUUCGAAGUUUGUGAUUCAGG